CUCGGAUAUUAUUUAGUUUCUAGUCGUAUUAUUCGAUCCUACCCAUUAUCAUCGACAUACGACGGCUCAAUUGUUUCGAUUCCCGACUAAACGAAAUUUGGUUUAUUAUUAUUAUUGCUACGAAUUAUAUCGUGUGUGGUUGUUGUAUUUAUAAUAUAUUAAUAUUGUAAUUCAAUUGUUGCGUUAUCACGUCGUAGAUCAUCGACAAGAAUUCUUCUGAUCAACAGGAAAUACCAAUUAUUGUGCGAUCGUUUUUUUCCAUUUCUGGUUUUUUUUUUAUUCGUUCAAGUCUGCCGGUUUUUGUCGACUUGUCGUUACGUCAUCGAUUUCUGCUCUUGCUCUGGUGUACCGGUACCAAGGACGCCUAGAUACUCCUCUAACGCUUGAACAAAAAAAAAAUUUUCGCUCAUCUCGCGAGUAAAAUCGCGGCGAAACGCUCGGCUGUACUGCCGAGUGCCGAGUAAGGGACUGCCAUAAGAUACCUAUAACAUAGAUAAAAAUUAUGGUUGACACAGCCGAGGCUACCAGACGGUUGAAUGUCAAGAAGCAAACAUUGGACGAUGCGUAUGCGGCUCCUGCCAAUUUUUUGGAAAUUGAUAUAUUGAACCCGAUAACGCACGGUGUGGCCAAAAAACGUUAUACUGAUUAUGAAGUUCGAAUGCGAACAAACCUACCAGUGUUUAAGGUCAAAGAAUCCAGUGUCCGUAGACGUUACAGUGAUUUUGAAUGGUUGCGCAAUGAACUAGAACGAGACAGUAAGAUUGUUGUACCUCCUUUACCUGGUAAGGCAUGGAAAAGACAAAUGCCGUUCCGAAAUGAUGAUGGUAUAUUUGAAGAAGAAUUUAUCGAAGAACGGCGAAAAGGCCUUGAAGUUUUUAUAAACAAAAUUGCUGGUCAUCCAUUGGCACAAAAUGAAAGAUGUCUACACAUAUUCCUACAAGAACCAGUUAUUGAUAAAAGUUAUGUGCCGGGUAAAAUCAGAAAUACUUAAAUUAGGGUUAGUCAUCAUCUCCACCGAUUAUGCCUCUAAAUGUUAUUUGUAUUUCGCCAAUGAAUUCUAC